AUGAUAAAAAAACCAGAAAUAGUCCUUAAUAGGAAAUCACAAGAUCAAUAUUUGGAACCAACUGAUGAUGAAACCAAUGAAACAGGGGAUGCUCGCGAAAAGUCUCCCUCAGUAAUUGCUCUUGAACGUUGA